GAUCACCCUCCCUCUUACUAUAUAGUAAUAGUAUAUAUCUCGACCUACCCAUCUUGAAACAUAGUCAUGACUCAUAGUAUGAUAUACAUGAGCCAUUUGCUUUUUGCUGUACUAGUUGUUUCCUCUCAUGAUCUGCCCUCUUCUCUCUCUCUCUCUCUCUCCUCUUGAUCUUCUUUACCAAUUCUAAAACCAAGAUAUAGAGACAUUUUCGGAGUUUGAAUUCUCAGAGACAACAUGGGAGAAUCUUCUGCUUCAUAUAUCCGCAUGGUGCAGCACCUUAUAGAAGAGUGCAUAUUAUUCAACAUGAGCAGAGAAGAGUGCAUGGAUGCUCUCUCCAAACAUGCUAAUAUCAUGCCAGUUAUCACUUCCACAGUGUGGAAAGAGCUAGAGAAAGAGAACAAGGAGUUCUUCCAGGCGUACGCAAGAGACAAAGAGGGGAGAGAGAGUGAAAUGGAGACGACGCAAAGAAUUCACAAGAUGCUGUUGGAUUCUUCCAAAAAAGACACCCACGACCGCGACUAGUUCCACCUGUGAUUGGGGAUUUGAUUGGCUUCUUUCGCACCCGUGGUCCUACAGUACUACAGUGAUGUACUGAUGUCAGAGCCUUCCAUCUAACUUAGCGACGGUUUAGAUUUUAUCUCGACGUAUAAUAUAUAGAUUGCUCCAAUGAUCUGUAGAAAUCUGGACUGUUGAUUAAUUAUAAAUGGAUUGCUUGGAUCACGCCUUACACCACUGCACUACUGGGCCCUCUAUUCCAAAUUGGACAUGACAUGCCAAGUGAAGUAUAUGAAUUGACAUUUGAGUCAAAUCCAAUCGAGAUGUCAAUUCUUAAAAUGUCAUGCAUUUGACAUCUCUA